AUGCCUAAAUUCCUCCAUCAGUUCCUCCUUCUGGGGGUAACCGUCCUCGGCUUACUUUCUACUGCAACUUGUCAAGGAACUGGUCCAGGUUCCCCUUUAACACAAUGGAGCAUCAUCAGCACCGUUCCAGCCACGGCUUUCACACCACCGGCAGACUGUUCUUCAUCUACCUUAUGGCUCUCGACUACCACGGAUAUCCCUUCUCCUGAGAAAUCGGGAUAUAACGACUAUGCGGAUGCAGUCCUUUACAAAGCGGAUUGCUUUAAGGAUACUGACUGUUGUCCCGAAGGGUUUAUCCAGGGAGUUCCAGAGGAUGAACUAAAGGUUGUGGAUGUCAUUUACAACCCGGGUGUUUGUCCGAGUGGGUAUAUUGGACAAACGUUGGGUAAUGAACUCCCGAUGGAUAUGAAGGGACUGAAGGGUGCUCAGUAUUGUUGUCCAAGCUCGAUCCCGGCCACUUCGCACCAUGGAUCUGCUCGUCAUGUGGUCUGUGCUACUACUAAAGUGGUUGAAUACAAUCUGAAGGGCCAGGGAGAGAAUACUUACUCUUAUCCGACUAUACAUGUCGUCGUUGCGACGCCGAUAUAUGUCGUCCCUCCAUCAAGUCUUCCAGCAGGCACACGCAGGUUCCCACCACCGGGGACUGCAAUAAAAGCAAAGAUGGCUAGCGUUCCAGCACCACCACAGCCGCGACCUGAGGUUCUAGAAUCAGAAGAGACUAGUAAAGAGGAUGUCCCACCGCCACGACCGUUCGACGCCAUAGCAGAUCUAGAAGAGACUAUAGAGGAACCCCCGCCGCCGCCGCCAAAUGUGACUGAAGAAAGGGACAAGACUCACACCGUUCCGCCAAGGGAAUUGCCAAAAAGAGAUACUGUUGACACAAGGGUUUACAACUUAAGCGGCAGCGAACCCGGGACUGAUCCAACCUCACGUUAUAUUGUUUAUACUUUCCUAGGCAUAUUCGGCGUCAUAAUAAUCGGUUGGAUUGCAAGUUGGAUAUUCCUCCCCUCAGCAGCGCGGGGGCGUCGAGUUCGUAAAAGCCGUGGUGAGAGUACCGGGCAUUUUGACGGUCCGCCGCCUCCUGCGGAUCCGGGCAAUGAUAAUGAGACAACUGCCAAUGUGAUGCUAGAUUUUCUUGGUGGAGCCAACAACAGGCAAUCAGCAAGACCACCACCAUCACCACCACCACCACCACCGGGGGGCCGAUCGAGGCACCAAUCUUUGGGCGAAGCCGAGAUGGAGGAGUGGGGGGCGCAGCGGCAGGAGGACACGCCGCCGUAUAACCGCUUACCGGGGCCAAAUGAUAGACGAAGUGCUGCGGUUGAUGCUUUCAAUAGGGAAAGUAAUUUCGAAAGGCUAAGGCAGAAAAUAGGUGAAACAGCACCACGAGGUCGCCAUCCCAAUACGAAUGCUCCCUCUCAAAGAUCGAGUGGAUGGUAA